AUGCUGCUCAAUCGGACCUCGAAUGCAGCUAAGAAUCGCAACAAUUUUUCCAAGAUGAUGAUUAGCAUGGGCCAGCGCUACCCCACGCUACGCGGAGCGCGGCACCUGCAUCACCAGGAGGCAUCGUUCGAUCACCAUCUCGCCAUCUCCGCAUCCCGCUCAUCUUCAUCCACCGCUGCCGCCGCGCCCCACCUCGUGCACUCCACCCGACUGCGCACACUGGCCACGACGGUAUUCAUUCGCGGCAUCGCCACUCGCUCUGGCAAAGAUUCGAUGGCACAGAUGAAGGCGGAAGCGGAUCCGUUGCCGUUGGGCGAGUUUAAGAAGGAAGUGACGAAGCUCAUCGACCAGGAGGUCAAGGAGUCGUCCUCGGCGCUCGACCCCGCUGCCGAGUACCUGGCCGAGCUCAACUACAAGCUCUUCGUGUCUGACGGCGUCGCCACCCUCAAGCGCACCCAGGGCAAGCAAGUUGUCGAGCUCUCGUUUGCGGUGGAGGAGGAGGAUGAGGAAGGUGAGAACGAAGAGGGUGAGGAGAAAGAAGAGGAGGAGAGCGAGGAGGAGGAUGAGGAGGAAACCGCCGAAGGAUUCCAGGCGCAGGAUAUCAACCCCCUCAUGGGCGUGCAGGACCUAUACAUUCCCACUGAAGUCAAGAUCACCAUCGUCGACAAGAUGGACAAGGAGGUCAGCAGCAUGUCUCUCGCGUGCUCGGCAUUCGAGAGCCGCGCCGACGGCAAGAACUCGGUCCACUUCGAGCAGCUCUCGGACGGCCUGCAGGAGAAGAUCUACGACUACCUGGAGUCGCUCAAGCUUGACCACAGGCUGGGCACCUUCAUCUUCGAGUACACCCGCAACUACCACGCCCACAAGAGCGCCCAGGUGUUGAGCGACCUCAAGCAGUUCGUGUCUCACCUACGCGACGAGUGA